GGGGCGGAGAAACACGCAGGUGCACCUGAGAAACACGUGAGACUGCGCACUUCGCAAGAGACCACCGCAAAAGACAGACCAUCCUGAAGCUGCAGGCGACUGAAGUGGAUCCACCGAGACUGUGCUGAGGUGCUAUGGCCGCAGAUGCAGUGCUGGAGCUCAGGCAGCAGUGCCUCAAGAGAGGCGCGGCUGGAAUCAAGGGUCUUGGAAGGACGUUUCGCAUCAUGGAUGAUGAUGGCAGUAAAUCUCUAAACUUCCAGGAGUUCGAGAAGGGGCUGGAGAACUACGGCGUGUCUGUGGGGAAGGACAAAGCACAUCAGAUCUUUGCCAUGAUGGACAAGGAUGGAAGCCGCACUAUCAACUUUGAUGAGUUUCUUGAGAAAUUAAGGCCUCCCAUGUCGAGCGCACGGAGACAGGUGAUCGAUCAGGCUUUUCAGAAGUUUGAUAAGACAGGAGACGGCGUUGUGACCAUAGAAGAUCUACAGGGUGUCUACAACAGCAAACAUCACCCCAAAUACAAGAGCGGAGAGUGGACAGAAGAACAAGUCUUCCGCUCUUUCCUGGAAAACUUUGACUCUCCGUAUGACAAAGAUGGAAAGGUGACGCUGGAGGAGUUUGUGAACUAUUACAGCGGAGUCAGUGCUUCUGUCGACAGCGAUGAGUAUUUCAUCACCAUGAUGAAGAACGCAUGGAAGCUGUAG